GCCUUGAGUUCGAACGUUGGGUCUAGUCAUUGUGCUGUGAAGUGUCGUUUGAGAACGUUAGCGUUAACCCAACUGUCGUUGCCCUAUUCUCACCUGGUCUCUUGAGAGGCUUCCUGCAAAUACAAGGUCAUGAUAUACAAGGUAGCCAUCGUGGGUUCCGGUAAUUGGGGCUCGGUAAUAGCCAGAAUCGUCGGUGUAAAUGUCACUUCACAGCCGGAUGUCUUCGACAAGACUGUUAAAAUCUAUGUUUACGAGGAGAUCAUCGAUGGAAAGAAGCUCACUGAAAUAAUUAACACUCAGCAUGAGAAUGUCAAAUAUCUUCCCGGCUACAAACUACCCGAUAACGUUAUUGCUAUCCCUGACGUAGUGGAGGCGUGCAAAGACGCCGAUAUCAUCAUUUUCGUUUUGCCACACAAAUUCGUUAAGCCGACAUGCAGCCCGCUUGUCGGUAAAAUCAAACCUACGGCAGUGGGAAUUUCGCUAAUUAAAGGCUUCGACAUCACUCCUGGCAAGGGAAUCUCCCUGAUCUCGAACGUGAUCAGUGAGCUUCUCUCAAUUCCGUGUUCCGUUUUAAUGGGGGCUAACCUCGCUAACGAAGUGGCUGCCGAGAAGUUCUGUGAGGCAACCCUUGGAGCCAAGAAUCCCGACACAGCGAAGAUUCUCAAGAAGCUUGUGCAAACGAGCUAUUUCAGGAUUACGACUACCGACGACAUUUCGACUAUUGAGGUGUGCGGCUCCGUCAAGAACAUUGUGGCCUGCGGCGCAGGUUUCGUCGAUGGCUUAGGUUAUGGCGACAAUACCAAGGCUGCUGUUAUUCGUCUGGGUCUGAAGGAGAUGAUUACCUUUACGAACCAAUUUUACCCCGGCGCCAAGCUCAAUACAUUUUUUGAAAGCUGUGGAGUCGCCGAUCUUGUGACUACCUGUUACGGCGGCCGCAACCGAAAGGUGUCCGAAGCUUUUGUUCGCGCUGAAGGCAAAAAGACGAUUGAGUGCCUCGAACAAGAGAUGCUUAAGGGUCAAAAGUUGCAAGGACCUGAAACUGCCGCUGAGGUUUACGAAAUGCUCAAGCUCAAAAAUCAACUAGAACGGUUUCCAUUGUUUGUCGCCAUUCAUCGCAUUUGUACGGGAGAAAUCACGCCUAAGGAAAUGAUCGAUUGCAUUCGUAACCAUCCUGAGCAUAUCGUAAAUUUCUGGGAGUCCAAACACUAAAGACGAAUGCUGGUUAGUUGAUGGAUUACGAAAUGUGCCGUAAGGUGCUAACUUGGAAGGCAGUACGAAAAGCGGCCAGGAAACAAGUCAAGCUAUGAUAUAUAUAUAUCUAUAUAUAUAUAUAUAUCAUGUUCGAAGGACAAGUUAAUGCUGUUUUCAUUAAACUAUUAAAUAAACAACAGACAAAAGAAGUACAGCGUGGGAUAGCUAUUGUUUAUCGUUGAUACUUUAAAAUGCAGCCAAGAAUUUUAGUUCACGCUGGCUGUUUUAACAGAUCACUAGAUCACCGGAGUUGGCUAUAGCCAGACAGAUAUUGAAUAUAAGGUGUUUCCUAGUUAGUCCCUAAGUUAAAGAGCAACUUUAAUAUUAUACUUAAAAGUCUAACAAAAGUGUGUACAAUAGAACUCGCAAAUACACAGUUAAUAGAAGCAUCAGAUAGCAGACCUUCGUUGUCGACGAUCACAUAUAUUAGGCCGUUGUCAGCGAAUCCUGCGGACUCUGAAGUUUAGUAAUUUUUUUAACUAUGCAUCGUUAGCAGACGAAAUUCUGAUACAUACAUUACUCUUCUAUAAACUUGAGAAUGCAAAUUGACUGAGCUUACUCCAGGAGAAAAGCAUCUUUUAGUUUUCAAAUAACUGAGUGGUCGAGUUUUUGACCCUCGAAGAUUACAGCCAUAUAUACGCUUUUAUAUACGUAUAUAAUUUACAUGACUUAGUACAGCAUACACCUAUAAAAAAUAAAUGCCUCUUAUUUGUUAACUUCAACAUUGUUAUGACUCAAUAGAGCUCAAACACAGUUGCUUGAGACAGUAAGGCCUUGUACGGCCUUACUGAAUCGUUUCGAGUGAGUGGAAAUAAAUUACCGUAAUAAUGAACGCUCAAACAACCACUGUAAGAAGUUGUUUCCUUAUCAGAACUAAAGAGCAAUUCAACUUUAAAACUAGCGUACAAUUGUAGUCUACUUGGUUAGAAGUCUGAUCUGUAAAAUAAUAAUAAAUGAUAGUUUACAAGAACGGGUGGUGAA